AUGGAAGUGGUGCUUUCGAACGUGACGACAUCGGAUGAGGACAAAAAUUCAACGGAAGAGAUCCGUUUCGUGUUGAAAGGAGACGACGGCAAUCCGAUUUUAGCGCUCGUGUUGUUCUCCUUUUGUUUGGCCACCAUCCUGGGCAACGCCUUGGUCAUCGCGGCCGUUGCACGCGAACGCUACCUGCACACCGUGACCAAUUACUUCAUCACGUCGCUGGCCGUGGCCGAUUGUUUGGUCGGCUCCAUCGUCAUGCCCUUCAGCGCCGCCGUCGAAAUGCAAUCCGACCGGCAAUGGCUUUUCGGACGCGAUCUCUGUGAUGUUUGGCACUCUUUCGACGUCCUGGCCAGCACGGCUUCCAUCCUCAAUCUGUGCGUCAUCUCCAUGGAUCGCUACUGGGCAAUCACGGAUCCUUUCACUUAUCCGGGCCGGAUGACUCCCAAACGAGCCGCUUGUUUCAUUGCGCUCGUUUGGGUGUGUUCCAGUCUCAUCAGUUUCCCAGCCAUCGCCUGGUGGAGAGCGGUGGCCGUCGUCGAGGACGGACCUGUCGUCGUGGAACACUGCGUCUUCACAGACGACGUGGGCUACCUCGUCUUUUCUUCCAGCGUUUCCUUCUACUGCCCGCUGUCCGUCAUGGUGUUCACUUAUUACCGCAUCUACCGGGCAGCCGUGGCCCAGUCGCGAUCGCUUCGACUGGGCAUCAAACAAGUCGCAAUGUCCUCCACAAACGACUUGGCUAAAGGCGGAGCGGGAACAGCCGAAACAAUGGAAUUAUUAACAUUGCGGAUCCAUCGAGGAGGACGCGUCGCUUCCGACAAUCGACGAUGUGCAGCGGCCGCUGCCCUUCUAACUUAUCAAGCGGCCAGUCGUCAGCCAUCGCCCACAUCCACACGCAAUAACGUUUUACAACUACCGGAAUCGUCUCAACACCAUCACGAGGAGACAAACGAUCGACGCCAUUCGCCGCCGGAAGUGCAGAUCGCAGCGCUCUCUGUUUCGUCGUCGGUCGAUGGCGACGGCAACGGACGGCUACCCAACGCCAAAAUGAAUUUGAGUCGGAAAUUAGCAAAAAUUGCCAAGGAGCGCAAGGCAGCCAAGACGCUGGGGAUCGUGAUGGGCGUGUUCAUCGCCUGUUGGCUCCCGUUUUUCGUCACGAAUUUGCUGUCGGCUUUUUGCCAGGCCUGCAUUCACGACACGGAGCGCGUCGUCACCGUCGUCACCUGGCUCGGAUGGAUCAAUUCGGGCAUGAACCCCGUCAUCUACGCCUGUUGGUCUCGCGAUUUCAGGAGGGCAUUUGCGAGAAUCCUGUGCGGAUGCUGUCCCCGCUUGUUUCACCGCUGGAAGAGGCAUAGCGGCAAAUCCGGUAGUAACAGUACGAUUAACCAACAACACAACAAUGUGAGCGGAGGUGGAACGGGCACGUCCAUUUCGACUGCAUCUCAUCGUCCGCUAUCUCACGCCAGUUUCGCAGUGGCCACACCCAGUGCUUCGCAGCUCAGCCCGAUGAUAGGCAGCCCUAGUUUCACGUCGCUCUGUCACACGUCGGCCUCGUUUCCCGCGUGAUCCCCCCGCCUUUCAAUCGUUUCUUUUUUUUUUUCGGUAUUGUCGAGUCGUUCGAUUUCCGCUCGUUUUUUUUUGUUGUUGUUGUUGCUGUUGCAAAGAUGAAUCGAUCUACACGUAUUUUGUGCGCAAAAAAAGA